AUGAGCAGUGACGUAUUUGUGAAUUUCUACAUAAUAACAGAUCUGUCUAUUUUUAAAGUUCUUGUCCUAAUUUUCUUAACUUUCGGAUAUAUUUUGAACGAGAAAUUGGUUCCUGAUAACUCGGGGGUCGGGAUGUUAAUGAGUGCCAGCGAGGCAAUUACAAUUACUGAGAAUUUCGGUUGUCCGGCAGACGAUGCGUCAUCAGGCUGGGUGCCAGGCCUCGGCAGUGCUCCUGAUGUGCCCCACACCGAGUUGUCUGGUCGCAAGGCAGAGGGCAGCGGUGUGGGGGUCCAAAAAGAGCCCCCUGUCAGGAAUUUUUCAGAGUUCGACAGGUCGACGAUGGGUACGAUGGUCAGUUGCUCGCAGAUGGCGCAGAAGUUGAUGAGUGAUGCUCGGAGUUUGUGUUUUGUGGUGGCAGACAAGACGGGUUUGCAGGAUGCCGUUUGGGACAGCGUGCUGAUUGGUGGGGCACUGCUAGUUGAUGUUCCUCUCAAUGUUAAGCCCGAGGGCUCCAGAGAGAGUUUCAUGAUGCUGAUAGAGUAUGCAGAGAAUAUUCUCAAGUGCUCACGUGUUGUUGCCUGCUUCAAGAAGAACAGAUCUGAUCGAAAUAUCUUGAUCAGAGCUCUAAUGCACUUUGGGUUCAGUCUAGUAUCUCCACCGUCAUCUAUGCCCACACCAGCAACAACAUCAGUUAGCAACAACAUCAACAACAAUGCCGACAUGAUGUAUAUGUCUUGUGCAUUUGAUGAGGAUGAUGAUGAAGAAGAUGAUGAUGUCGAUGAUGAUGAUGAUGAUGAUGGUGAUGAUAGUAACGUUGUCGUUGGCCAGUCGGAUGAUGAUUAAUUCCUGCGGCAUAAUAUUAUUGAUAAUUCGUCCUGAUGUGUUUUGAAGGAAAGAAGUGAAUAAAAGAAUGAAGAGAGAGAGAACGAAAGAAAGAGCCAAAUGAUUAAGAAGAAUGAAGAGACAAACAGUUGAUAUUUAUAUAUUCACAUAUUUACCAACAUUUAUGACGGAUGGAUUACCUUUAUGCUAUGCUGUGCUUCGGUGACUCUUAUAUUCUUUUUAUAUAAUUUUGUCUGACCAACAAUUAUUCAUUUAUAGAUAUAUAUAUGUUUAUAUGAACAGGAUAUAUAUGUGUGUGUGUGUAUCCGUGUGUGUGUGUGUGUGGUUGUAAUUUUAUAUAUUUCUUUAUAUAUAUACGAUUUUAAUCAUAAUCACAUUCAAUUGAGUGUCUAUCAUUAAGUUUAAUUAAAUUAGUACUUUUAAUUACGAAUUAAAGUAAUUGAUAAAGCGUUUGAUAAUGACGGCAUUCUUUAUUAUUAUUAUUUUAUUAUUAUUAUUAUGUUUUUUUUAUUAUUUCUGUUGUUAUCAUUCUCCGAAACUGCAUAUAUAAUCUUUGGUUCUGUGUUUAGUAGUAUUGAUAGCCUAGUAGUCUGAAAAAUUAUUCUUUUUAUUAUUAUUGUUAUUGUUGUUAUUUUUAUUUUUCCUGCUCCAAAUUCAGAUAUAACCGUUUUCUUUAAUAGUAAUUACUAUAAUCAAUCAUCCAAUUGUUAUUUUAUACAUUCACAAUUUUGUCGUGAAAUAAUAUGUACUAGCAUCGAAAUUUCGUGUACUAGAUUCACUUUUAAAAUGUCUUCCGGUACUAA